CCAGACGCGAGAGCUAGCUCACAGCGUCUCGGGCAGCAUCUCUGUGGUGCAGGAGCACGUGACCGGGCAUGGGGAACUGCCAGGCGGCGGACGCGGCGGCCGUGGUGAUCCAGCACCCGGGCGACGGCAAGGUGGAGCGCCUCCACUGGCCGACCACCGCGGCGGACGUCAUGCGCAGGAACCCCGGCCACUACGUCGCGCUCGUCGUCCUGCAUCACGUCGACGCCGAGCCCGACCCGGCCGUCGCCGGAGAAAGAGGAGGUGCCAGGGUAACCAAGAUCAAGCUCCUCAAGCCAAAAGACACGCUCCUCCUCGGCCAGGUCUACCGCCUCAUCACCUCCCAAGAGGUGACCAAGGCCGUUCAGACGAGGAAGCAGGAGAGGAUGCGCGGUUGCGACGAGGCGAUCGAGCAGGAGUGGCCGCGGCUGCACUGGCGGCGGCAACCGCCGAGGCCGAGGGGCGACAACGCAGCCACAGCAGCAGCCAACGGAGAACAGAGGCAGCCCGCCGAGCACCAGGAACGGAAGCGGCUGGAGAAGGACCGGCACCACCGGAGCAUGGCCGCCGCCCGCGGCAGAGGCCGGCACUGGCGACCGGCGUUGCAGAGCAUUACAGAGUCGUCGUCCAGCGGACACGCCGACUGCGAGGAUAUACUACUAUCCAAAUGAACUAGAAAAGUAGAAGAAGGUUUUUGGGGAGCUAGAAAUGUAGGUACAUUAGGCGAUCUGAAUGUAUCAAUCGGCUUCUGUCCCGUUUGAAUCCGUUUUGGUGAUACAGUAGCAUGCAUCGCCCGCUCAUUUUUUUUUUUUGGGGUGAAGAUUACCUCUUCCUGCCGUCCGC